AACGAGUGGACUUAACAGCUAGUGGCAAGGAAAUUUCAUUAUGCUACACCAAAUGUUAACCGAUCAACAUCAUCGAUCAAUUUAGUAGAGUACAUGAAAUAUUUCAAUAUAUAUAGUUACUGAAUAAAAGAUUUGUGAUAUAUAGAAGUUUCUCCUCGAAAGUAGGUUAGGUUCUCGUAGGACGACGACCUCCACCACUGGAAUCAAUAUAACUAUAUACUUUUCAUUUUUCAAAAAAUUACUCUGGACAGGAGACGGAUGGUGAGGUUACUGAGGCAUUUUAUUAUAUUAUUAUUAUUAUUAUAUUCUUGGCAUCCACUUUUUUUUACUCUUUUCAUUUCAUUUCAUUUGACAAAAAAUUAGAUACAGCGAUGUACAUGCACAUAUAUAUUAUAUAUACGUAAUAUAAUAUAUACACGCACCAAGUAUAGCGGUAUAUAAAUAGAUAGCAUGUGGUGUGCGGUACCAAUAUAAGUUGGCGCGCCAAAUGCAUACCUGUUGAAUAAAUCAGAGAGUGCGAAGCAAUAGAGAGAUGAGAACCCGUGCGUGUAACAUGCUAAUAAUGUGUGUUACCUUCGUAUGGUUGCGCGUGGCAGCGUGCUCUUCAUUCAGCGACAUGGAAGCGCUGCUAAAGCUGAAGGACGCCAUGAAGGGAGACAAAGCCCAAGACCACGCGCUCCAAGACUGGAAGUUUUCCACGUCACUCUCUGCCCACUGUUCAUUCUCCGGCGUAACAUGCGAUCGGGACCUCCGUGUCGUUGCUCUGAACGUGUCGUUUAUUCCGCUCUUCGGCCAUAUUUCGCCGGCCAUCGGAGACUUGGACAAGUUGGAGAAUCUCACCAUCGUCAAGGACAAUCUCACCGGAGAACUUCCACCGGAGCUUGCCGGCCUCACUUCCCUCAAAAUCCUCAACAUCUCCCACAACCUCUUCUUCGGCCAUUUCCCCGGCAACAUCACUCUCCCGAUGACUCAACUCGAGGUCCUCGAUGCCUAUGACAACAACUUCACGGGACCACUUCCCGAAGAAACCGUCGAAUUGGAAAACCUCAGGUACCUCCGGCUCGCCGGAAACUAUUUUAACGGCAGCAUACCAGAGAUUUAUUCGGAGUUCGCCAGCUUGGAGUAUUUGGGCUUAAGCACCAACAGUCUAACGGGGAAGAUUCCCAAGAGUUUGGCUCGGCUGAGGACGCUUAAGGAACUGUAUCUCGGCUACAACAACGCUUACGAAGGUGGAAUCCCACCGGAGUUAGGCACCAUGGAAUCUCUGAAACUGCUGGACUUGUCAAGCUGCAACCUCAGCGGCGAGAUUCCACCGAGCCUGAGCAAUUUAACGAACCUUCACACCUUGUUCCUGCAAAUGAACAACCUCACCGGAACCAUUCCGCCGGAGCUCUCUGCCAUGGCGAGCCUCAUGUCGCUAGACCUCUCCAUCAACGGCCUUACCGGCGAGAUUCCAGAGAGUUUCUCUCGGCUUCAGAACCUCACUCUGAUGAACUUCUUCCAGAACAAGCUUCGCGGCCCCGUUCCGUCCUUCGUCGGUGAGCUUCCGAACCUGGAAGCGCUCCAGCUCUGGGAAAACAACUUCUCCUUCGUGCUACCGCAGAACCUUGGGCAAAAUGGGAAAUUCAAGUUCUUCGACGUCACCAAGAAUCACUUCACGGGGUUGAUACCUCAGGACUUGUGCAAAAGUAGGAGGUUGCAAACGUUCAUGCUCACCGAUAACUUCUUCUACGGCCCGAUCCCCAAGGACAUUGGUAACUGUAACUCCCUCCUCAAAAUUCGAGCCUCCAAUAACUACCUCAACGGUGAGCUUCCCCCUGGAAUUUUCAAACUACCUUCCGUUACCAUAAUCGAGCUCGCCAAUAACCGUUUCACCGGCCAACUACCUCCCGAUAUUUCCGGAGAUUCUCUUGGGAUUCUAACUGUUUCUAACAACCUUCUGACGGGGAAAAUCCCCCCUGCUUUGGAAAACCUCAGGGGAUUGCAGACCCUGUUCCUUGACGCCAACGAGUUCGUUGGGGAAAUCCCAGGGGAAGUCUUUGACUUACCAAUGCUCACCAAGUUCAACGUUAGCGGCAACAACCUCACCGGUCCAAUCCCGACGACGUUCACUGGCUGUGUUUCUCUUAGCGCCGUAGACCUCAGCCGGAACAUGCUCGUCGGCGAGGUUCCGAAUGGAAUGAAGAACCUGAAGGACUUGAGCAUUCUGAACGUGUCGAGGAACUACAUAUCGGGUCCAGUCCCCGACGAGAUUCGCUUCAUGACCAGCCUCACCACCCUCGACCUCUCCUACAACAACUUCAUGGGCAAGAUCCCCAGCGGGGGACAGUUCUAUGUCUUCAACGAAAAGUCGUUUACGGGGAACCCCAACCUCUGUUCCUCCCGCCAACCAUCCUGCCCUAAUUCCCUAAUGUACCCAGACGACACAGCGAGGAAGAGGCGCAGUUCCAAAACGACCAAGGUUAUCGUGAUUGUGAUUGCAGGGGGAACCGCAUUGGUGCUGGUAGCGGUGACGGUGUACAUGACGAGAAAGAGGAGGGAGCAGAGAGCGAUGGCGUGGAAGCUAACGGCGUUCCAGAGGCUUAACUUGAAGGCGGAGGAAGUGGUGGAGUGUCUGAAGGAAGAGAACAUAAUAGGAAAAGGAGGAGCGGGAAUCGUGUACAGAGGAUCGAUGGGAAACGGAACGGAGAUAGCAAUAAAGAGGUUGGUAGGAGAAGGAAGUGGGAAAAACGAUUACGGAUUCAAAGCGGAGAUAGAAACGUUAGGGAAAAUAAGGCACAGGAACAUAAUGAGGCUUCUCGGGUACGUGUCGAACAAGGAGAGUAACUUGUUGCUGUACGAGUACAUGCCAAAUGGAAGCUUAGGGGAAUGGCUGCAUGGGGCGAAGGGUGGGCAUUUGAGGUGGGAUAUGAGAUAUAGAAUUGCGGUGGAAGCAGCGAAAGGACUAUGCUAUUUGCACCAUGAUUGUUCCCCUCUCAUAAUUCACAGGGACGUCAAGUCCAACAACAUCUUGCUGGACUCGGACUUGCAGUCCCAUGUGGCUGAUUUUGGGCUGGCGAAGUUCCUAUAUGACCCAGGAGCCUCUCAGUCGAUGUCCUCCAUCGCAGGGUCCUACGGCUACAUUGCUCCCGAGUAUGCUUACACGCUUAAGGUGGACGAGAAAAGUGACGUGUACAGCUUCGGCGUGGUCCUGCUGGAGCUCAUCAUUGGGAGAAAGCCCGUGGGUGAGUUUGGAGAUGGAGUCGACAUCGUUGGAUGGGUCAAUAAGACUAGAUUGGAGCUCUCUCAGCCGUCCGAUGCAGCUUUGGUUCUUUCUGUUGUGGACCCACGCCUCUCUGGUUACCCCUUGACAAGUGUCAUUCACAUGUUCAACAUUGCCAUGAUGUGUGUCAGAGAAAUGGGCCCCGCUAGGCCCACCAUGAGGGAAGUCGUUCAUAUGCUCACUAAUCCUCCUCACCCUCCCACUCCCACCCUCAUCAAUCUCUAAUCAUUCACUUCCUUCUAAAUAAAUUAUGCCAAUAACUUUCAUCUCUUCUUCUGUCAGAAGUGAAGUGAAUACUGCACAUCAAAUGUAAAUUAGGUUUCAAUUUUGCUUUUCUGUCCACUGUCUGCUCAUUCCGAGGGUUUUCCCCACUCUGUAUCAACAAAUUUUGUACAAAAUAUUAUUCUUGUUUGUUCAUCUUCAUUUUGCAUAUGUCGUAUAUAUUAUAUAAGCUUUCUAAGGGCAACAUGUUUUGGCCACUCAAGUUGCAUGUUUCAUGUAACAAAUAAGCGUACAUGUUGUUAAUUCCAAUUUUUAAGUUUUAGUCUAAAUUUCUCAUUUUCCGAAGUCCAAAGACUAUGGAGCACUUCAUAAUGGAAUACGUUAAUUUUGUGGUGUAUUAAUUGAUUCACAUUUCAGUGAUGU